AGGCUGGGGGAGGAGCUUGGGCGCCAGCCGCUGUCCCUGUACCGCUGCGACCGGGGGCCAACUCUCUGCUUCUUGUGCCGCCGCACGUACUUGCGCCGCCGUACUAGCGACCAGCCGCCCGCUCGCUCGCCCGCAGGAGUGGCCGGCCGCGGGGGAUGGACGCUGAGAACGCGGACAGCCAUUCCCUUCAGCAAGCCCAGGCUCUUUAUGCAUUUCCGUUCCAACAAAUGAUGGCAGAGGCUCCUCCCGUGGCGGCUAUGGACGAGCAGCACCUGCCAGGAGACGUCCCAACUCCUGCUCCGGAACCGGAACAAGAGACUCCAAAAGGAAGGAAAAGAAAACCCAGAACAACACAACCCAAAAAAACAGUGGAACCCAAAAAACCAGUGGAACCCCAAAAACCUGCCGAGGCCAAAAAAUCUGGGAAGUCCAAAAAGUCAAAAGAAAAGCAAGAAAAAAUUACAGACACGUUUAAAGUGAAAAGAAAAGUAGACCGUUUUAAUGGUGUUUCAGAAGCCGAACUUUUGACCAAGACUCUUCCUGACAUUUUGACAUUCAACCUGGAUAUUGUGAUUAUUGGCAUAAAUCCAGGACUAAUGGCUGCUUACAAAGGGCAUCAUUACCCUGGACCUGGAAACCAUUUUUGGAAGUGUCUGUUUAUGUCAGGGCUGAGUGAAGUCCAACUCAAUCAUAUGGAUGAUCACACUUUACCAGGGAAGUAUGGUAUUGGGUUUACCAAUAUGGUGGAAAGGACGACACCAGGCAGCAAGGAUCUUUCCAGUAAGGAAUUUCGUGAAGGAGGACGUAUUCUAGUGCAGAAGUUACAGAAAUAUCAGCCACGAAUAGCCGUUUUUAAUGGAAAAUGUAUUUAUGAAAUUUUUAGUAAAGAAGUUUUUGGAGUGAAGGUUAAGAACUUAGAAUUUGGACUUCAACCCCAUAAGAUCCCAGACACAGAAACCCUCUGCUAUGUUAUGCCAUCAUCAAGUGCAAGAUGUGCUCAGUUUCCUCGAGCCCAGGACAAAGUGCAUUACUACAUUAAAUUGAAGGACUUAAGAGAUCAGUUGAAAGGCAUUGAACGAAACACAGAUGUUCAAGAGGUGCAAUAUACAUUUGACCUACAGCUGGCUCAAGAGGAUGCAAAGAAGAUGGCUGUUAAGGAAGAGAAAUAUGACCCGGGUUAUGAAGCAGCCUAUGGUGGUGCUUACAGUGAAAACCCCUGCAAUAGCGACCCUUGCAGCUUCUCCUCAAAUGGACUGGUAUCUGCUGACAAUGGAGAAGCAACAUUCGGUGACAUUCCAAAUGGGCAAUGGAUGGCCCAGCCAUUUUCCGAGCAGCUCCCUCCCUUCAGUAGUCAUUGUGGGCCGCAAGGCCAGGAAGAAGAAAACCGUGCUUGAGAAUGGCGUGUUUCAGCUCUGCGUAAAUGCUGCAGUUUUAAUGCAGUUGUCAAGAAGUUGCCCUCAGUUUGCUAACUGAAGUAUUUUAUUAGUAUUUUACUCUUGUGA